AUGGCGAGCUCGAUGGAUUACGCGAAGGAGCUCUUGCGAAGGCAGUUUCUUGAAAUGAGUCGCAAUCCGCCCGAAGGCGUUUCCGUGGGUCUAGGAGACGACGAAAAUAUCUUCAACUGGGAGAUCCUGCUCGUUGGUCCACCCGAUACGCUGUAUGAAGGAGCUUUCUUCAAGGCCGCCCUCGAGUUUCCCCAUGACUUUCCCAACAUGCCGCCUAAGAUGACGUUCAAGUCGGAGAUGUGGCACCCGAAUGUGUACCCAAACGGUGUCGUGUGCAUCUCGAUCUUGCAUCCGCCUGGAGAAGACCAUUUGAACCAGCAAGAAACGGCCGAUGAGCGAUGGCGUCCGAUCCUCGGCGUUGAGUCUAUUUUAGUGUCGGUCAUUUCCAUGCUCUCGGACCCGAACGACGAGUCGCCGGCCAAUAUUGACGCUGCCGUGGAGUGGCGAAGCGACAAGGAAGGGUUCAAAAAGCACUGCCGUCGCAUUGUGCGAAAGUCUCAGGAGGAGAUCUAG